AAAAGGCACAACUGCAAGUGAAAGUACAACAACCCUUCUAUUAACAACGCCUUGUAUGAAACAAAUGGCGACUGUCAAUAGUCAAUAUGUCGGUACGCCAACGUUUUCCGUACAACCGAUUGCUGGUCAAAUACAGGAUUUGACAAAUCAAUAUUCAAAUGGUCUCACGUUUCCAUCUUCGUCUGCCCCUGUCGAGUUUACUAUACCGUUUAACCAGCCAACAACUGUUGGUUCUCUAACUAUAACAACAGGCAACGUGAACAAGUUCACUUUAACGUUAUUAAGCAGCACAUUACAGCCAAUUUUGAACAGCGACAAUACACCGAUGACAUUGUCAAGUACAACGGGUGUAUCGCCAACUGUAGUUGUAACUCAAAAUCCAACUGUUUACGGAGUUAAAGUAACAUUGUUAGGUACAGAGGGUGAUCAGCCACAAGCCACAGGUGUUACUGUCAAUUUGAUAGUAUGCUUCUAUGCUCAAACAACCACUCUCGGAUCGUCAACAACGGUAAUUAUUCUCUCUUUUAUGAAACUGAGAAGCACAUCUUUCUUUAUAGUAGUUUGAGAUUUUCCGUUUUCAUCAUCGUCAUAUGUUAUUUUGUAGC